ACCCACUCCGGCACCCGUAGAGUUAUCGUCAAGCUAGACGUGUACUUGCUAUGUUGUUGUUAUGUAGUUUCAUCAGAAUCGGGAAAUGCGUGUGUUAACAACUCUAAGCAAAACUCAUCGAUAAUCCUCAUCCGACUCACUUUUAAUCCUUACUAAUGUGUUCGUGGCAUAAUGUCGUCAGAUUUGAUGUUAGAUUUCGUGAAUUCAUCGAUGAUGAAUAAGGAAGCGGGGCAUAUUUCCAUCGAUCAGGAUGGAGAGUGGGAUAUCAGUUUGUUUGAUGAACUGGAGGAUCUUGGGGAUGCUGACGAGCUUCUGGAGGCUCUGGUGGAGAGUGUAGGCUAUGGCACCUCUGUUCCUGACCUGAACUUUGACAUUGAGACCCCAGAGUGGAACUCAGAUGGCUGGAGGGAAAACGGUAGCCCACGAUCAGAUGGUGAUGUAACAGUGGACUCACUGUCACCAAACCACACGCUCAGUUCAGUGUCCUCACCAGCAUCAGUGGAGCCCAACUCACCGUGCUCCACACAUUAUGAGGCUCUGUCUCCAGUCUCCUGGCAUUCUCAGCCCUCUCCGCUGUCUGUCUGCUCUGACUUUGCUGAGGCAUCUGCUGAGAAGAAGCCUUCCAAGAGGAUCAGUCAAUCAAAAGCAAAGCCUCUCCAGCCAGCAAAGAGACUCAUUCAGUUUAGCCCCAAGGUUUCCAUUCAGCCUAAACCCCUCAUUACCACUGUGCCCAUCUCCCAUGCUGCAGCCCCCCUUCAGACUAAGACCAUCAUCAUCCAGCCUCUCCAGACUACUGUUCUGCCUGUAGUGAAACCUCCACCAGUCACCAUUCAACCAGGUCAGCGAAUGCUGCUAUCUCAGCCUGCUCAGGUUGUCCAACUUCAGACGCCUCAGGCGGUGCCCACGCAUGUAGUCACCGUGCCAACACUGACUCAGGACAGAUCCGUCUCUGUUGUUGGGCCGGUAACCGCAUCUCCUGUGGUCACCAUGACAAUGCAGAAUUCCAUCCCUGAGGAUGAUUCAAGUGCGUCUCGGAGACAGCAGCGCAUGAUAAAGAACAGAGAGUCUGCCUCUCUCUCUCGGAAGAAGAAAAAGGAAUAUUUACUGACGCUGGAGGCCCGUCUGAAGUUGGCACUGUCAGAGAAUGAGAAGCUGAAAAAUGAAAAUGGCACAUUGAAAAGACAAGUGGAAGGCCUGAUGAGUGAGAACUCUGUGCUGAAAGCAACCGCGCCAAAGCGGAGAGCUGUGUGUCUUAUGGCAGUCCUGGUCUUCUUGGUCUUUAACUUGGGUCCAAUGAGUCUGCUUGGAGGAGACAGAGGGUCUACAUUUCCUGCUGCCCCUGCGUUCAGUGGCAGACACCUGCUGGGCUUUUCCCCAGAGUCUGAGAGAAACCUUGUGUCAGACAGGCCUCAGACUGGUCCCUCUAACCCUGUUAACAGGUUAGAGGAUGUAGUAUCAGAGCAGAAGGCUCUGAUGGUGGUGAAGGAUCCUCUGUAUUUCAGAACUCCACCCCCCUGCCAGCCACCUGUCAACAGGACCAAGUGCAUGAAGAUAGCGCAUGAGCUAAGGGGCUGGGUACAUCGUCAUGAGGUUGAGCGGACCAAAACCCGCCGCAUAAGCAAAACUCACCACAGAGGCAGAACCACCCUGAAAGCAGCAGAUAAACAGGCUGAGGUACCACAGAUCAUGACACAGAUCCAGUACACAGAUUCCUCUGAAAAGGUUCCCAGCAGCGAGCUGCAGGUGUAUUACGCCCCUCACCGCACCUACAGUGACUUCUUUGAUGAACUCAACAGAAGAGGGGACACAUUCUAUGUGAUCUCUUUCCGCCGGGAUCACCUCCUCCUUCCCGCCACCAACCACAACAAAGGCAGCCGCCCCAAGAUGUCCGUGGUCCUGCCAGCUAUGAAUUACAAUGAGAGCAUCCUAAAAGACAAAGAGUUUGAGGUGAUGAUGCAGAUCGACUGUGAGGUCAUGGACACCAGGAUCCUCCACAUCAAGUCCUCUACUAUUCCACCCAUCUUGCGGGCCAAUCAGACAGACACAGACUCUUUCUAUCACGCGGCCCCCAGCAACAACCAGCCUGUGGCCCCCGUUGGAGUCCUCGUGGGCUCUUCUUAGUCUCAGCUAUCCACUAACCACAAAAGUUGUUAAUCUGUUUUGUUACAUAAGCAUUUUGUGUUCAUUUUUGUGACUCUUCUUAUUCGAGUGGCAAACCAGGAUCUUGGUAAUCAACUACCAAAGAUAGUCAACAAUUCCUCUUGAAGGCACCUCUUUAAAAAUGCAUCAAGAGAGCCAUUUAAUACUGAUAAACCAUACAGAUUACAGUUUUUAUUCCAGGCUAUUGAUUUCAGCAACUACUUUUAUAAAUGUCAUCAGAGAAAUUUAUGCUUAUGUACACUUUAUACAAAGUGACUUCAAGCACAUUCAGGAUAUACAUGUCUUUUCAGUUUGUUUGUGCUCUACCAGCUGAACUACAGGAGCAUUCAUUGUCUAAAAAUCUCCCAAACCAAAGUGUGUUCUAGUUUGAAUAUCGAACAGUUUGCUGCUAUAUGUGGUAGCUGUCAGGAAAUGGUCUUUGAUUCUUUGAUUUUGCUUGCACUGUGAUUGUUUUGUUUAUGAAAUUAAUUCAAAUGUGUAUUUAUGAAGAUUUAUUAUUUGUACCAGGCUUGUUUGGUACGUAUUUAAUGUUUAUAUUCAGCGACAUAUUCUUCAGUAACACUAUCCGCAAACAACCUGCAUUGCCAGUGAGUUUUUUUUAUUAUUUAC